UGAAAAUGAGCAUGCCUUAUCAGUAAACCGGGAAUCAAAUAGAUUAUUAGGAAAUAAAAUAAACCAAGGCCGAUUUAAAGGCAGAGGUGCACUUCAUAGGAUAGAUUGUGGGUGGACUUGAUUUUCAAACGGAUGAUGGACUAUUUUGUGAAUUAGCCAUAGAUUGUGGGGAUGGAUGGGAUUUAUUACAGCCCGGAAACAAUAAAGGAAUUCAAACUCAAACAAGUUAUGCAAAUGUAUAAUUAUGAAAUAUAUAAUUCAAUAGCCAGGACAACUUUUUUCUUGGGGUCAUCCAUUUGAUUUGCACUUUUCAGUAUCAAACUUAAUCGGAUGGCCUAAAGCUUUAUUAAAGGUUUGGAGAUUGGACUCAUCAAAUAAAAUUGAUGCUUGUAGUUAUGGUACAGCAAUUUUUCCAAGAAGUGCUGGUUAUCAUUAAGUUACAUGGUAUCAUUGAUAUUUAUUUAGCGAAACAUGGACACCAACUGGAGAGAACUUAGAUCUUGAGAUACGAAAACCAAAUGAAGAUUUGGCUACUAAUACCGAUUCACUAUCAAAAUUUGAUAGAACUUUGGAUUGGAGAUUUUAAGCUCUAUCAUUUUACAUGGAAAACCCUCCUAGAUUAACAACAUUGGCACCAUUAACAACCGAUAAGGGGGAUUUUGCAAGGAGAAAGAUUUUGAAUAGCAUUUCAAAUGGAAAAGUUAUCAUGGAAGUUGAAGUAGUAAUGAAGAAUUUUAAAAGACUUAGCUUUUCAGGAUAAUGA